AUCGUUACCUUUUCAACAUAACCUCAUUUUUAACGCAUAAUUUCUGUCGUUAAAAUGGAGAAAAGUGAAUCAUCCGAACAUAAUUUUGCUAAUAAAACUGCAAGAAAGUGCAAAGAUCUUGAAGAAGCCGAAGAAGCAGCACUAUGUAGUAGCACAAUAAGCGUCAGCGGUUAUUACAGCGACUACUCACGAGUCCUGAUCACAGCGCAAAUGCUUCUGAGCAGUUUUCAUCAGGAUGGCCCCAUCGUACGUGUUAUUCUACACAAAUCUCAUGCUCUGCUAACAUUUAAGGAUAUUAAUGAUGCAAGGAGUGCCAUUCGGAAGAACCACUACCUUGAUACUCUAGAUGGCAAGAAGAAGCUAAUCCUUGUACCAGCGGAUGGUGAUUGCUGUGUUGGAGGUAUCCUUCAACCUCUGAAAUUCAAUGAUCAACUGGAACCCGAUGGAAAGGACGUAAAUGGGGCGCAUUCUAUCCUCAAGCUAAACGACAAUUGCCUCGCAAAGAUUUUGUCAUUCUUCAAUCUACGGGAGCUGAUUACUCUUGAGGUGAUUUGCGACAGGUUCCAACAAGUAUGCAGGAGUAUCUACAAGACACAUCGUACAUUGAAUUUAAAUGAGUUAGCCUUGAAGAAUGGCCGUCCCAGCAGACUCACAUUGAAGGAAACAGAAAAGAUUGUCCAGGAAGUGGGACCAUUUGUGAUCACAUUGGUUGCUUCGAAAAAAUCAUUCUUUGCCACAAGUAAACAAACGCUUCGUACUAUUUCCAGUAGUAUUUCCAUGUCUUGCAAGAAGCUGGAGAAUAUACUACUUGUGGGAUUCGAUCUAACUAACGCAAGGAACCAGAGGAAACUCAACCAAAUAUUCGCGACAAUAAAGAUAAUCAAGCUACAGAGAUGCAGGUUGACUGAAGAACUGCUAAAAAAGCUCUUGAGAAGCGCAAAAUGCCUUGAAUUUCUCGAUGUGUCGCAGAACUCAGAAUUGACUGGAGAAUUUCUCAGGACAAUUCAUGGACUUUGGGGUAUUGAUUUGAGCUAUUGUAUGAUUGAACCGGAGCAUUUUGUAAAUUUCUGCGAAUCAAAUCCACAACUUCGGUACCUCAAUAUUAUGAAAAUGAAUACAUUUGAUGAGACGUGCUUCGGAGCUAUGAAAAAUUUGGAAUAUUUGGAAGGGCUUGCGAUUGUAGAAGUAGGAUACACUAUAACAGAUUUUUCUAGUCUCGCAGAUUUGCCCAGUCUCAAGCACCUUAGGAUGGAUAGUCGUAUCAUCAAUGGGAUUCUUCUGGAGAAUUUUGCAAAUUGCAAACAUUUGGAGGUGCUGGAUGUGAUUGAUUUACAUGUCGAAGGAAAUAUGGUUGAACAGUUUGCAAACCUUAAAUAUUUGCGCGUGCUAAAGAUCAACGAAGCAUGGGGAAAUGUUACAGAAAUGUUAGAACAGUUCCAAGUCAACUCUCACCUUCGAGAACUUCAUAUUGCCGACAUAUCCUCCUUCACAGAUGCCAUACUCAUUGAACUCAUCAAAAAAUGCACUGGACUGCGCUACAUUGAUCUGUCGCUGUGCUACGAAAUAACCACUGAUCUUCUUCGGGGGAUUUUGCCUCAUCUCUUGGAAACACUGGGACCUGAGGAGUACCUAGAAAUGCGUGUGGGUAAUACACAACUUUCUGAGCAAAUAAGAAGAGCCAAUGAUGAUGAUUUUAUUGAUCUUCAUGGAAAGAUCAAGUUGGAUCACAAUGUUCAGAAAACUAAAUACAGCUUGGAAGACCUAUUACUAUUUAACGAAGACUACCACAGCUUUUACAGUUUUGAUACCGACGAUAAAGAAUGGGAAGAUUGAUCUGUUUUCUUUUUUUUUUCAAUAAUUUUUGAUUAUUUUAACUGAAUAAUUAAGAAGUAACAAGCUGUAAAAAAUUGAAAUAUUAAUUAAAAAAUUUAACAAAUA